AUGGCGGUGUUAUCAACAGUUCAACCACGAAGACGACACGAAAGCUUGAAGGGUAGACUGAAGGAGGCCGAUCUUCGGAUCAAUGGAUCGAUCUCGGAUCGUCUACAACUCGAUCGGGAUAGGCUGCUGGAGGAAGAGAAUGCACAUAAGGAUCGAAUGGACGCGAUUGGAGGGUUUCGAAAGACUGAAAUCAUCCCGAUCGGGAAACUGCAGCGGGCGAUAGACGAAUCGGACACGGAGUCGGAGCCGUUAUCGGAAAGCGAAGACACCGCCAGUGCACAGCAGGCUCUCCAGGCACAAGGAGCAGCAGCAGGCGUCGACGAGGCGUCGCAGCAAUACGAUGGUUCGCAGGACUGGCCCAACAAUAACACCAGCAACGGCCAAGAAGACCAACACUCCGACGGGCUGAUGCCCGCUGAAGAUUUGGAUGCUGACCUGGAAGACCUCGACAACGACGAGCUCGAUUACAGCCAUGCUACUACUAACCCGGAUCUAUCCAGUCGACUCGGCCAGCUCGACCAGAGUUAUCAAUCAUUCGAAAGCGAGAAUUAG